AGCGGAGCUCCAGCCGAGCCGCCUGACAGCAGCAGCAGCAGCAGCCGCCGCGGAGCCGCCGGGACCGGAGCAGGAGCCGCGCCGCAGCCGGAGAGCUAACCCAGCUAACCGAGGCCUUCUCCCGGCUUUUAUAUCCGGGAUUCAGGAGUAAAUCCGCGGGUCUGCAGCUCACUCCCCCGCUGUUUCCGAGUGUUUGUGUGUUUAUAAGCGAUGGUGGCGGACGGAGCGGAGUUUCUCCCGGAGUUUGGAGUCCUGAGAUCCCCGCGGCCCCGGCGCCGCUCUCCCCGCUCCCUGUGACCCGCCCGCCGGCAGCAGCCCAGCCCAGCGCCCCGCUCCUCUCUCCGGCCCCGCGGUUCUCGGAGGAUGGGGUCGGUCUGAGCGCAGGCCGCGGUGAUUACAGAUCAAUGAGCGGCUAACCGAUUGAUUAUUAUUCACUAUAUUAAUCCCGGAGAGAUUCACCAUCCCGAGCCCAGAAAAGGACCGGAGAAAUGAGCGGGCAGCCGCCCCAAAGGCGGCCCACCAACGUCGGCUCCAUACUGCUGACCAGCCAGGAGAACGACGCGCUGUACGCUUACCUGGGCAAGAAGUGCACCACCCUGUCCUCGGCGGUGGUUCAGGUGUAUGCAGGAGACAGGAACUCCUCCUGGAAGAAGAGAUGCUGUGGGGUGGCGUGUCUGGUGAAGGACAUCUCUCUCAGAUCUUACUUCAUCAGAGUAUACGACCUCAAAGACGGCAAAAACCUGUUUGAGCAGGAAUUCUACAACGACUUUGCCAUCAGGUUUCCCAGGUCCUACUUUUUGACGUUUGCUGGAGAUGCGUCUCAGAUGGGCCUGAACUUCGCGAGUGAGGAAGAAGCUAAGCGCUUCAGAGAGGUAGCGAACGACCUGUUAGUGAAACGACAGAGGAAAACAGAAAAAAGACGUGAUCCACCGAAUGGACCCACUUUGCCGAUGGCGACGGUGGACAUCAAGAACCCGGAGAUCAACAACGUUCGCUACUACAACAACACGCCACUCAACAGCAACCUGCACAGCAACUUCAAAAAAGACAAGGGCAAAGGAAAGAACAAGAAGAAGAAGAUCUCCAAAGCGGAAAUUGGCACACCAAGCAAUUUCAGGCAUAUCGGACACGUCGGCUGGGAUCCCAACACAGGAUUUGAUCUUAAUAACCUGGAUCCAGAGCUGAAGAACCUCUUUGACAUGUGUGGAAUCUCUGAGGACCAGCUGAAGGAUAAGGAGACGUCGAAGGUCAUUUAUGACUUCAUCGAAAAGAAAGGAGGAGUAGAAGCUGUGAAGGAUGAGCUCAGAAGACAAGCUCCUCCUCCUCCUCCCUCCAGAGGUGGCCCGCCUCCUCCUCCACCUCCUCACAACUCAGGCCCGCCUCCUCCUCCUCCACCCUCUAGAGGAGGCAGAGGAGCACCGCCCCCACCUCCUCCCUCCAGAGCUCCCUCCUCUGCUCCUCCUCCUCCUCCGCCCUCCAGACCGGGUAUGGGAGUGCCUCCACCUCCUCCACCCCCGAACCGGGGCCACGUUCCAGCCCCGCCUCCACCCGCUCCUGCCUCCAUGGCCCCACAGGCUCCACCCCCUCCACCUCCUCAGUUUUCUUCAGGAGGAGCACCACCACCUCCUCCACCUCCGCCUCCUCCACCGGGACCGCCUCCACCCGCACCUCCUCCACUCCCGGGCGUGGAUUCGGGAGAGACCACACCCUCUUCAGGGGGCGGGAAGUCGGCUCUGCUGGAGCAGAUCCGGGAGGGGGCGGCGCUGAAGAAAGUGGAUCCGGGGAACAAGCCGUCCGGAAACAGCGGCGGACGAGGAGCGCUCCUAGACCAAAUACGACAGGGAAUCCCGCUCAAAACUGUGUCAGAUGCGCCUCAGCCGCCCACGCCCACCUCGGCUCCCUCAGCUGGGAUAGUUGGAGCUCUGAUGGAGGUUAUGCAAAAGAGGAGCAAAGCAAUCCACUCUUCAGAUGAAGAUGAGGAUGAUGAGGAUGUUGAGGACUUUGAGGAAGAUGAUGAGUGGGAUGACUGAUGAGACACUACCCUCCUUAAACGCCUGAUUAAGACACUAAAAUAGAUCCUAUCUCCCUGAAUCUCACUCAGAUGUUAAUGUUGUAAAUGAUCAGCUGGUUUGCUGUAAGUUUUGUUGCCUUUAAGCUUUUUUUUUAUUAUUAUUAUUAAUCUGUGCAAUACCUCAUUCUCAUCUGAUUUAUCAUGUUUAUUAUUUGUUUCUUUUCUUUGUUAUUUUGUUUUUUGGUUCCUUUUUCAGAUUAACGUUUGAUUUUACAUCAAGGUCUCUUGAUUCGUAGAGUUGAAUGUUUGUUUUACUUGUUUAUUUUUUGUUUAUUUGUUUGUUUAAUUGUUUUUUUUUUCAUCAUUCAUAGAAGGGAGGUUCGAGGAACAAAAGAAAAAAACUAUGAACAUUGUUAACAUUGCUAUUUGUUAUUGAAAGCGAGAAACACUAUUUUCAUACCUUUUAGUCUCUGUAUCAUACAUUUUCUAACUCCAGUUCUAGUUUAGCGCCAUUAUUUUCUUAAAAAGAAUCAGCUUUUUGGAAUAUUUAGCCCCGCGGCUGAUUUGUAAAUUUACUCAGAGUUUAAGUCUGUUAUAUUUUUGCACGAACUGAGAGAGAGAGAUAAUAAAAAUAUAAUAAAAAUAUAGUGAAAAUACAUGAACACAGCAAUAUCAUGGUGAGAUCAACAAAACAGCUAAAAAAUGAACACAAUAUAAAGAACACGCUUUAAAAAUGCUUUAAAAUCAUACGAUACUGCCAACACUACACUUUAACUAAAGCCCUGGUUGUAUUUCUGAUUUAUUCUUAUCAGCCAGAGAUUCAGAUGAUUUUUUUUUUGCGUAUGUAUUUUAUUUCAGGUGUAUUUCAGUGAAUGGAUGCUUUAUUUUAUUCCAGUCGAUGUUGUUCAUGUAUGUUUAAAACGCAGAAGAGUUUGGGACAUUCCUGCAGUUUUUCCGCUGCGUAAAAAGCCUUCAUUUAUCCUGCUAAUGAAAGAUGUGCUGCUGGUGACGCUUUACUAACUCUUCAUACAGAAGCCGUUUGAGAGGCAUGACUCUAAUUACUGCAGGUUUAAUGUACUGGCAAGACCACCGGACAUUUAAUCAUAGAAAUAUACUGAUUUUAACAGGAGAAUUAAUGCUUUUAAUUUUUGUUUUCUUCAUCUGGGGGUCAGAUCUGUAUCAAAAACAAUGCAAAACGUUGGGAAUAUUAGCUCAGAAGGAGAUUUAUUAAAAAUGUACACUCCAAUAAACGUUAUUUCCAGA